AUGUCCUCCACCAACAGCGCCAAACCCCUCCGCAUAGCCGUCAUCCCCGGCGAUGGCAUCGGCACAGAAGUCAUGCCACAUGGCGUCCGCAGCGUCCAAGCUGCGGCAUCGCUCUUCAACAUCCCCAUCGAGUUCACAUCCUUCGACUUCUCCAGCUGCGCCUACUACGCCAAACAUGGCGACAUGCUGCCGCCAGACUGGAAGGAGACGCUCUCCGCCUAUGACGCAAUCUACUUCGGCGCCGUGGGGCUGCCCGACCAGGUGCCGGACGACGUGUCGCUGUGGGGCAGCCUGCUCAAGUUCAGGCGCGAGUUCGACCAGUACAUCAACCUGCGGCCGUGCCGCCUCAUGCCGGGCGUCAAGUGCCCGCUGGCGGGCCGCAAGCCGGGCGAUAUCGACUUCUGGAUCGUGAGGGAGAACACCGAGGGCGAGUACAGCAGCAUCGGCGGCAAGAUCUUCGAGGGCACCGACCGCGAGACCGUAAUCCAGGAGACGGUCAUGACCCGCGUUGGUGUUGAUCGCGUGCUCAAGUAUGCGUUCGACCUGGCGCAGGGAAGGCCGCGGAGGAAGCUCACCAGCGCCACCAAGAGCAAUGGGAUAUCAAUCACGAUGCCGUACUGGGAUAGCAGGGUGAAGGAGAUGGCUGCGAAGUAUCCUGAGGUGGACGUCGACAAGUAUCAUAUCGAUAUCCUGACAGCUCACUUUGUCCAGCGGCCUCAGAUCUUCGAUGUCGUGGUCGGCAGCAAUCUGUUUGGGGAUAUCCUAUCUGAUCUGGGACCGGCCUGUACCGGUACCAUUGGUAUCGCACCGUCGGGAAACAUCAAUCCGGACAAGAAGUUCCCCAGCCUGUUCGAGCCUGUGCACGGAAGCGCCCCUGAUAUCGCUGGCAAGGGCGUUGCGAACCCGGUCGGUAUGAUCUGGGCUGGCUCCAUGAUGCUGCAGCACCUGGGCCACCAAAAUGCUGCGGAUGUCGUACUCAAGGCCAUCGAAGCUGUCCUUGCACGGUCGGAACCGGAUGUCAUGACGGCUGAUAUGGGAGGAAAGGGAACCACGAAGAGCCUUGGAGAGGCCGUGGAACAGGAGAUUCUGGCGGGUAAAACACAUUGA